AUGGGAUCAAGUGACGUGCCGCCCCCCGCAGCCCCGGCCUGGCUCAUCCCGGCAUCCACGACGCUCCUGGGCGCGGGCGUCGUCUGCUGGCUCGUCUGCUACGCCCUCAUGGCGCGACGCUCUCUCCGGACGCGCGACACGCCCAUCCCCCUGCUCGCACUGGGCAUCAACCUCUCGUGGGAGAUGGUGUACGCCUUCUACGUGACCGAGGAGUGGCUCGAAUUCGCCGGGUUCAUAAUGUGGCUCGCCCUCGACCUGCCCGUGCUGUACACGACGCUCAAGUACGGACGCAGGUCGAAUGCCGCAUCGCCGCUGGUCGCCCGCAACGUGCCCCUGCUGCUGGGCCUCGUGUUCGCCUUUGGCCUCGUCACCAACACCCUGUUCGCGUGGUGGUGGUUGAGGGAGCCUCAUCGCGGCUACGGCCUCAAAUUCGGCAAGACGUGGAAGGGCCUCGAGGCGAGGGACACGACCGAGCUGGCGUGGUGGUCUGCCGGCGUGGCGCAGAUGACCAUGAGCGUCGGCGCCUUGGGCAUGUUGCUCCAGCGAGGGCACUCGGGCGGCCAGAGCUAUGCGAUAUGGUGA